AUGCGUCUCGAUAUCGACGCUGGAGCGAGGUGGAAGCUUGUCAAAGUCCCAGCAGAUUCAGAAUGGAUAGUAUAUCGCAAUAAGUUAUCUCGCAAACACCAUUGUUUGCUUAUUUUUCCUAGACGCGAUACAUCUUGUUUCUUGUCCCUCGUCCCCGAUACCGUUCCUCUGUCAUCUUUGAUGCUUCCAGGUAAAACUACUCUUCGUACUGAUAGAAUGGCCUUUUAUGGAUGGCCCAUUUCUCAGUGUCAAUCACUAAGCACCUCUCUUGAGAGACAACUUCACUCUGGCAUUCGAGUUCUCGACAUCCGCUUAGCAAUCGUUGAUUCCCACCUCAUUUCAUACCACGGAAUAUACCCACAACGUGCGCCGUUUGCGGAAAUCUUAUCAACUGUACAUACGUUUCUUACAACACCCUCAACCUCGCGCGAGACCAUAGUGAUGUCAAUCAAGCAGGAAGAUUCUGACACACAACGUUUCACCAAGCUUGUACGUGAAGAGAUCGUUGCCUCGCCAGGGGGUUUGGGCAUGUGGUAUUUGGAAAAUAGACUACCAACCCUGGGUGAGGUGAGAGGCAAGGUCGUAAUGUUUAGUCGCUUCGGUGACAAUGGUUACGGCUGGGACAAUGCGGCUAUUGGAAUCCACCCCCCUCUCUGGCCUGACAGCGACAAACUCGGUUUCACUUGGAACUGUCAGGACACCCUGGUGCAGACUCAGGACUGGUAUGCAAUUCCCUCCUUCCUUUCUAUCCCCGAGAAAGUUGCUCUUUCAACCAACAUUCUCGUUGCUUCCCGUGAUUCUCCUUCCCCGACCCUCUCGAUAUCCUUCCUUUCUGCAGCCUCAAUACCCUUAGCCUUCCCACCCACAAUCGCCCGCGGCCUCGGAUGGCCGCAGUGGGGAAUUGGAUUUGAAGGCGUCAAUGCUCGAGUCGGAAAAUGGCUCCUUGAUCAGUUUGGCGACCGAUAUGAGGAGGUAGACGAGGACCCGCGGAUUAGGGGUUGGGCACUCAUGGAUUUCUUCGAAGAUCCGGUAGGACAAGGGAUUGUCCCGCUGUUUGUAGAAUGCAAUUUCAGAGGGAGAAUGUGCAACGAGGAAGGUUGGGCGUGA